UGUGAGCGUAUAUAUACCCCUCAGAUCUCCUACGUUAACUGCCAUCAGAAGAAGAACAGAGCUCCCUCCUGUCCUCUCUCUUCUCUCUCUCGCUCUUCUUCCGCAUAAGAUCUCUCUCGCUCUCUCCGCCGUCAACCUCCCGCCUCACAUUGACUGAGGCCGUCAAUAGCAGAACAAGAUGGUGAAGAUCUGCUGCAUUGGAGCUGGAUAUGUUGGUGGGCCUACUAUGGCUGUGAUUGCCCUUAAGUGCCCAGAUAUUGAAGUAGCUGUUGUUGACAUUUCUGUGUCUAGGAUCAAUGCCUGGAACAGUGAUACGCUCCCCAUAUAUGAGCCAGGCCUUGAUGAUGUGGUGAAGCAGCGCAGAGGAAAGAACCUCUUCUUCAGCACCGAUGUUGAAAAACACGUUAUGGAGGCAGACAUUGUCUUUGUUUCUGUAAACACGCCCACCAAAACCCAGGGUCUUGGAGCUGGCAAAGCUGCUGAUCUUACCUACUGGGAGAGUGCUGCUCGUAUGAUUGCAGAUGUAUCAAAGUCUGACAAAAUUGUGGUUGAGAAGUCAACUGUCCCAGUCAAAACAGCUGAGGCCAUUGAAAAGAUUCUGACCCACAACAGCAAAGGCAUCAACUUCCAAAUUCUUUCAAAUCCUGAGUUCCUUGCUGAGGGAACUGCAAUCGAGGACCUUUUUAGCCCAGAUCGUGUCCUCAUUGGAGGUCGGGAAACCCCAGCAGGCCAAAAGGCAAUUCAAGCACUCAAGUCAGUUUAUGCCCAUUGGGUCCCUGAAGAAAGAAUCAUCUGCUCUAAUCUGUGGUCUGCUGAGCUUUCAAAGCUUGCUGCCAAUGCCUUCUUGGCACAGAGGAUAUCUUCUGUUAAUGCCAUAUCUGCACUCUGUGAGGCAACUGGUGCAAAUGUCCAAGAAGUGGCACAUGCCGUUGGCAAGGACACAAGAAUUGGGCCUAAGUUUUUAAAUGCCAGCGUUGGUUUUGGUGGGUCUUGCUUCCAGAAGGAUAUUUUGAACUUGGUAUAUAUCUGCGAGUGUAAUGGCCUUCCUGAGGUUGCAAAUUACUGGAAACAAGUCAUUAAGAUCAAUGACUACCAGAAGUCUCGGUUUGUGAACCGUGUGGUUUCCUCAAUGUUCAACACAGUCUCGGGUAAGAAGAUAGCAAUCCUGGGAUUUGCCUUCAAGAAGGACACUGGUGACACUAGGGAGACACCUGCCAUUGACGUGUGCAAAGGGCUGUUGGGUGACAAGGCCCGGCUGAGCAUAUACGACCCUCAGGUGAGUGAGGAUCAGAUCCAGAGGGAUCUUUCUAUGAAGAAGUUUGAUUGGGACCAUCCGAUUCAUCUUCAACCUCAGAGCCCGACUACUGUGAAGCAAGUUGGUGUAGUCUGGGAUGCGUAUGCGGCAACAAAGGAUGCUCAUGGAAUCUGCAUCCUGACCGAGUGGGACGAGUUCAAGAGUCUUGAUUACCAGAAGAUUUAUGAUCAGAUGCAGAAGCCUGCAUUUGUAUUCGAUGGAAGGAACGUGGUGGAUGCUGAGAAGCUGAGGCAAAUUGGGUUCAUUGUUUACUCCAUCGGAAAGCCCCUGGACGAGUGGCUCAAGGACAUGCCCGCCGUGGCGUAAAGACUUGAUGAGGAGGAGCGAAGAAGCACAGUAAUUUGAAGAUCGAUCCGCUUGUGGGCAAAAGUUCUGUUAGUUCCGAAGUUUGUUACUGAUAGUGGAUGCAUAAUUUGUCCUUAAUUUUUACCUUCUUGUAUGAUUUUGUUAUUUCACUAUUCAUUAAACUUGGGGGGUUUAUGUUGCGUCUUAUGUUACUUGUAAUAGUAUCCUUAAUACAGUUCGUGAGCUUUGUCCUCGGCUUAGUGGAAUAUAUCUCAAUUUGUUAUUUUCUUAGUUUAAUGUAAUAAAAUCAGAAACCAGGAAAUUAUAAUUC